GAAUAAAUAAAUAGAAAAAAAAAAUAAAAAAGGAAUGCUGAUAAUAAUAAAAAAUAAAUAAAUAAAUAAAUAAGGGGGGGCGGACAACCCCGGCCAGCCAGCCCACGCGCAACACGCAGAGCCCCCAUCCCGGUCGACGCCCCACCAGGGGACAGCAUGGCCCAGGACCAAGACAGGGAGCCAGACCCGAAGCCCUUCUGAAAUCCUCUCCCUCUAUCACCACCCCCCACCCCUCCUACUUCCUACUCCCCCUCCCUCCCCUUCCCCCACUUACAGAGUGCAAACCCCUGCAGGGGUAAGCAUCUGCCAUAGCAGUUAUUGUCCAUGCCCCCCCAGCCCAACAGGCCCCGAGGCACCCCGGCACACCAGAGGCCACGGCAGCAGGGGUAGACAGCCGGGCGCAUACCGGCCCAGACCCCAAGCAGCACCCCCCACAGAACCCGAGCCCCCGAAACCCCACCGGGGCCCCCGCCCGAGGGCAACACGCCCCAGGGAUCCCAGACCCCCGGACCCACCCAGCAGUGGGGCCGGGCAAUGUCCAAAAACCCACAGCGCCGGCACCAACACCCCCACCCCAACACUGGCCCCCAAACAACCCCCCCGACGCGGUCCUACAACACCAAUCUAAAUAAGAAAGCCACACAACACAGCAAAGCACAAAUCCCAAGUUCCAUUCCAAGCUCCGAUUCCCCCGCUCACACCCCCCCUCCAACACACACACAAAAAAAAAUUCCCCCUCAUUUAAGAAGAAUGGCCAAAGACAAGCCAGCGUCCAACACCCACCGCCACACCGCGAGGACCCCUCCACACAGACGCUCCUCCCCAGAAAAAUCAACAUGCCUGCCCGCCCAGGAGGCAAACAAGCCCGCCGAACGGGAACCCCACCGACAGCGCACCGCCCGCACGCCGGGGCCCGAGCGGCCCCGACAGAAACAACACCGGAAGGCCGAUACGGACGAACCAACAACACCAACCAAGCCCCCAGGCGGAUUCCCCCAGCCAAAAACACAACGAAACCACUCCAUCCCGCCGACCACAGCAAACACAGCCGCAAGGCAAAACAAGGGACAGAGCAGCCCCGCCCGGCGAGCGCCAGAGAGCCAGAGCAGCGAAGCCAACCCAGCCGCGCACCGGAAGACAGAGAUCUACUGGACUUAUUCAUGUUACAGCCUCAAACUUUAAUACAAUCAACAGGAAAUAUAGAAAGCGUGGUUUGCACCAGAUAUGGACCAGCCAAGGACCAGCCAAGGACCAACCAAGGACCAACCAAGGACCAGCCAAGGACCAGCCAAGGACCAACCAAGGACCAGCCAAGGACCAACCAAGGACCAACCAAGGACCAG